AAUCAUGCGACUCUACUUCGCCAUUUUGAUUUUCGGACUGCUGAGCGUUGCUCGGGCUGUGCCACCGGAUGUAGCGCCACCGGGUGAAGACGCGACUCCUCCAUAUUAUUGCACAGCCAAGUAUGGGAUCAAUUUUGAAACUUGUUAUGCCAAUGAAGUAACUCGUCCAUGCCCUCUUAGAACUUGCACAACUAUAAUAAAGAAGGGCAAUUUAUUGGCAACUGGAGAAAUAGUCAAGUUGGAGAAAUCGAUAAUAAGAAAAACACAACAAUGCAGACACAAUCGGUCAUGUGGACGAAAAGACUGCAAAUGCAGAGAUUACUUUGCCACAGAAACCGUGCAAGAAAGUUACCACUCAAAAGACGUAAAACUAAGAAAGUCAGCUAAAAUUGUUAUCCGGUAUCCGGCAAAAUGCAAAUGUGCGAGAAAGAGAAACAACUUCGACAAAUUUUAAAGUGAAUGAAGGACAAACAUCUUUGAAGGGCCAAAUUCCG